AUGUGCCUUUUAUGCAACAAAGUUUUGGGCAAUGACGCUAUGAAACCAUCUAAACUGCAAGAUCAUCUGAGAAGAUGCCAUCCUGAUAAAACAGAGAAAGAUUUGAAAUACUUUCAAACACUCAAAGAUAAAUUUCAGAAGAGACCUACACUGGACAGAACGUUCGCUUCGACGUCACAAAGAAAUGAUGAUGGUUUGCGGGCGUCUUACAAUAUCUCGUUACUUAUAGCAAAAUCCGGAAAACCGCAUACUAUCGGAGAGAAGUUAGUUUUGCCAGCCGUUGAAGAGGUUUUAAAAACUGUUUUACACAAACCUGCAUCUGAUAUUAAAAGAAUUCCCUUAAGCAACAAUACUAUUGAAAGACGUAUUGAUGAAAUGAGUUCUGAUAUUGAAAGCUUCUUAUGUAAUUAUUUGCAAACGACCCAUUUCUCUAUACAACUGGACUUUACCUGA